UUUAAAGUCCCCUAAGAGGCGUGCAGAGAUUGAAAUGCAUUGGGCGUUAAGCAGCACGACUCUACCAGCACGAAGUAUAGCUUUAGUGUUUAAGACGUAGCGGCAUGGAAAAAUACUCGAGGAGUUGAAACUUCAACGGGAAACUCAAAUGUACAACAGAUGUCAUCUUCAGUAGCAGUGGUCGCAGUGGAUGACAAGAGCAUUAACUGCCUGGGAAAGUGAGGACCCCCACUAAGAUCUCACUGUGACUGUGGAAGUACUAAUCGUGUUGGGAUUAUUGCCAACAUUGGAGUUCUUAGCAUUGGACCUGUUAUUUUUUUGUCCCCUCCAAGCAGUGGAUCCUUUACCAAUUUUGAGCUACGCCUUUUGGUUUGUACAGUGCACAGGGGAUGAAGCAUCCUGUGCACUGACCCUGAGCUGUUCCGCCCCACCCUGUGUCCUUGCCUGUGGGACGCAGUGACCAUGCUGACCAAGUGUCCAACACCAGAGAGAUCAGAGCCCCGACCCACGCUAAGGCCUGCUGUAACCUCUGCAGCACCAUGUCUCAAGCAGUCGCGGCUCCACUUGAGGCUAACAGCUCACAGUCAGGAGAAGCGUCUGGGGUUCAGCUGAAAUGGGCCGCCCUGCUUAUUGUCAUGGUCAUCAUCCCCACAAUUGGAGGAAACAUCCUGGUCAUUCUUGCUGUGUCGCUUGAAAGAAAGCUGCAGAACGCCACCAACUACUUUUUGAUGUCGCUUGCUGUGGCUGAUCUGUUGGUGGGACUCCUAGUGAUGCCGAUCGCACUCGUCACUGUUCUUUACAACUCUGACUGGCCUCUUCCGGAGCCCCUCUGCCCUAUCUGGCUGUUUCUUGAUGUGCUGUUUUCUACCGCAUCCAUCAUGCACCUAUGCGCCAUUUCACUGGAUCGCUACAUUGCCAUCAAGAAGCCAAUACAACACAGCCAGUACAAAUCCAGAGCCAAAGCGAUGGUGAAGAUUGCACUGGUGUGGCUCAUAUCCAUUUGUAUCGCAAUCCCAAUUCCAAUUAAGGGGCUUAAGAACUACCAUCUCCCCAACAAUAUUACCUUCAACAGUAACCACACAUGCCUGCUGAAAACAGACACCUUCCGGGAGUUUAUCAUGUUUGGCUCCUUGGCGGCAUUCUUCAUCCCUCUGACCAUCAUGAUGGUCAUCUACCUACUUACUGUCCAGGUGCUGCGCAAAAAGGUUUAUCUACUCAGGUCAAAGGUGACUCAGCGCUUUAGCUACCCGACAGUCUCCGCACUUUUUCAAAGGGAACAGACUGCAACUCCAACACAAGCUGAGCAACUGAACAUGCUGGACAGCAGACUUCCCAGGAUGCAAGAAAAGCCAUACGCAGGCACAACAAUCUCUCCUACAGGAGAUGAAAUGUCCUUUAGGAGAAUGUCAACAAUGGGCAAGAAGUCAAUGCAGACUCUGAGCAAUGAGCAGCGCGCCUCAAAGGUGCUAGGCAUCGUCUUCCUCCUGUUUGUAGUCAUGUGGUGCCCUUUUUUCAUCACUAACAUCACUUCGGUGCUAUGCACCAGCUGUGAUGUUCAUGUAAUUGCCCGCCUCAUGGAGAUCUUUGUUUGGGUGGGUUAUGUGUCAUCAGGCAUCAACCCCUUGGUUUACACCCUAUUCAACAAAACUUUUAGGCAAGCAUUCACGCGUUACAUCACCUGUAAUUAUGAACACUCUGCCUGUCAUGUGCCAGGGCAGAACCCAAGACCAUCAACUGCAGAUCGGACCCUUACACGGAUUUCAUUUAAGUCUUCUAUGGCAGAAAACUCUAAACUAUUUAUGAAGCGGGGAAUGAAGAAUGGAAUUGGAGCAGUUAGCUACCAAAGUCCGCUGAGGUGCCAGCAAACACCACAGUCAUCAAGCGGUGUUGUGUUAGAUACAAUGCUUCUGACUGAAAAUGACUGUAGUAAGCAGGAAGAACAUGUAAGCUGUGUGUAAUAUAACAGACAAGUGAAUCUUAGUAAAAGGGAGCACUUAAAGUGGAUGAAAUCUAUGGUGCAAACUUUUUUAUCUUUAAAGACAAAGGCUUGCCCCACGAUAAAAUAUUGAAAAUGUAUGAUUUGGAAGCUGCCGUUACUCUCAACUGGAUUGGCAAGUGUGUACCAUACAACAACUAAAUCUCACCUGCUGCUGCCUGAUGCUACUGGUGUUCGUAUGCAUCAGUCAUGUUUUUAACAAAAGCAAAAUCAGGCAGUACUUUUAAUUACAAUAAUUUUGGAAACACACAGAGCUCCCCCAUUAUGUAUGUGAAUAUAUAUGGUCUAAAUAUUCGUCAAUGAGGCCUUUAAGACAGGCCAUUAACAAUGUGAAUUCUAUAAGACACCAAGACAGUACAAAGCAUACCAGUGGAGAGUUUGAGUCGUCAAACGUUAUAAAACCUUGAGAUGACCUGUAACAGGUCAACUUAAAAAGAGAAGACAGGAGGAUGUCCUCUGUGAAAGGUAAAAAGUUGACAAAGUUCAUGCCAACAGACAAAAAUGUGAGGAAUGCAUAAUUAUAACCUGGAAACUUUCUGUGAAUAUAUACUCCUAUGCUGAUUCUUUUUUAACGUAGGCUAUCUGAAUAUGAUGUAAACCAUCUCAGACCACAUGCUUAUAUCUUGUUAUGACAAACACAACUCUAAUUUCCAAAU